CUCCUCCCAAUCACUGCUUGGGGAAGAACUUCCGUCGUGAUUUUUGUCGUUGCGCGAGGGGGUCUGGAUCACCGUACCGGGCGCGGCUCGGCGCGCCCUUUGGCGCGCCGCGGGCUUGCGGCAGCGCCGUGCCAGCAUCGCAGGCUUGCCGGGCACCACGGGGCCGGGCGCAGGUGCUCGAGCACAAGGCGGACGCGUUCGGGAGCGUGCACUUCGAAGCCGCCCUCGCCGGGGCCGCGGGCGACUUCGGGCAGAGGCUGCGGUAUUCCCUGGCCCGCUGGCGCGCGGACGGGCGGACGGGCGUGUGGGCAAAGGUGCCCAACAGCGCCGCGGAGCUGAUUCCAGCGCUGCUGGCCGAGGGGUUCGAUUGGCACCACGCGCAGCAGGGCUACGCGCUGCUGACGCUGUGGCUGCCAGAGGGCCAGAGCCAGCUCCCGCGCUACGGUGGGCACCAGGUCGGGGUCGGGGGCCUGGUGCUGAGCCCCGACAGGCGGGUGCUGCUCAUGAAGGAGAAGGUGCCCCACUUUGGCCGGAAGGAGAGCCAGUGGAAGUUGCCUGGCGGCCUCGCCGACCCUGGAGAAGACCUCGGCGAGGCGGCUGCCCGCGAGGUGUUGGAGGAGACUGGCGUCGUGGCGAGCCCCGAGGGCGUCUUGAGUAUACAUCAUCGGCACGGCUUCAAGUUCGGCGUCAGCGACCUCUACUUCGCGGUCCAGAUGAUGGCCCACUCUGAGACGAUCGAGUUGGACGCGAACAGCGCCGAAGUCAUGGACGUCACAUGGAUGCCACUAAGCGAGGUGGCAUCGAGCCCUGCGGUCAUGGAGUUCAACAAGAACAUUAUCGCGUUGGUUGACAGGCCCAUGCUGGUGCCUCACUGGGGCAAGCAUGGCUCUGUCAGGGCCGAGCACUUUUUCUACAAGCCCGGCACACCGCCGUGAGGGAGCCGCAUCCUGCGCCCUGAGCGAUGGCGCCGUUGGUCCCGACCGCGCCCCGCGUCGCCGCUCGAGGCACCGCGCAGAGGUCAUUUGAAAAAUCGGCCCUGCCGAUAUGCGUCUCUGGCGAUACAUCUGUUGUUUUGUCCCUGCAGGAACAUGGCCUCCCA